GAAUCACUUUGGUCAUUUCAUUCCAAAAAACAAAAAAGGACAUCGAGUCCAAUACCAUCAUACCAUACCAUAUCAUCUCAUAUACCUCAUUCGAUUCGAUUCGAUAUCUCUUCAUACUCAUACUAAGAAAAAAGUAACAUCAUGCUUCGAUCUCGUCUUGCUUCCUCUUCAACUGCUUCAUCAUCUCUUCGAACCCUUACCUCUCGUCAAUCACCCUCAUGUUUAAGCACAUCACAACAAAAAAGAUAUGCUCAUAAAGAAAUCAAAUUUUCAAAUGAAGGAAGAGCAGCUAUGUUAGCAGGAGUCGAUAUUCUUGCAAAAGCUGUUUCAGUCACAUUAGGACCUAAAGGUAGAAAUGUGAUUAUUGAACAACCUUUUGGUGGACCGAAGAUUACUAAAGAUGGAGUGACGGUGGCUAAGAGUAUUACACUUAAGGAUAAGUUUGAAAACUUGGGUGCAAGGCUAGUACAAGAUGUUGCUAACAAGACAAAUGAAAUCGCUGGUGAUGGAACUACUACAGCCACCGUUUUAGCUCGAGCAAUCUAUUCUGAAGGAGUCAAGAACGUAGCAGCCGGUUGUAACCCUAUGGACCUUCGUCGAGGAUCUCAAGCAGCAGUAGAUGAAGUGAUCAAAUUCUUAGAUCAAAACAAACGAGAAAUCACAACAUCCAAAGAGAUUGCACAAGUAGCUACGAUCUCAGCUAAUGGUGAUAGUCAUAUUGGACAAUUAAUUUCGACUGCGAUGGAAAAAGUAGGAAAAGAAGGAGUCAUCACCGUUAAAGAAGGUAAAACCAUUGAAGAUGAAAUCGAGAUUACAGAAGGCAUGAGAUUUGAUAGAGGAUAUAUUUCACCUUAUUUCAUUACGGAUAUUAAGACUCAAAAAACUGAAUUGGAAAAACCAUUGAUCUUACUUUCCGAAAAGAAAAUCUCAGCUUUACAAGACAUCUUACCUUCACUUGAAGCUUCGGCUACUCAAAGAAGACCACUUUUGAUCAUUGCAGAAGACUUAGAUGGUGAAGCAUUAGCUGCAUGUAUUUUGAAUAAACUUAGAGGUCAACUUUCAGUGGCAGCUGUCAAAGCACCUGGAUUUGGUGAUAAUCGAAAAUCGAUCUUAGGUGAUCUAGCGAUCCUUACUGGUGGUACUUGUUUUAAUGAUGAAUUAGAUAUCAAACUUGAAAAAGCUACACCUGAUUUACUUGGAUCAGUGGAAUCAGUGACGAUCACCAAGGAUGAUACGAUCUUGCUCAAUGGACUCGGUUCUAAAGAUUUGAUUGCAGAAAGAUGUGAACAGAUUCGAUCGGCUAUGAUGGAUGCUAGUACUUCGGAUUAUGAUAAAACUAAACUUCAAGAACGAUUGGCUAAACUGAGUGGUGGGGUGGCGGUCAUCAAAGUAGGAGGUCAUAGUGAAGUGGAAGUAGGUGAAAAGAAAGAUCGAUUUGAUGAUGCUUUGAAUGCGACUCGCGCUGCUGUUGAGGAAGGGAUCGUACCAGGUGGAGGUACUGCACUUUUGAAAGCAAGUAAAGCACUCGAAAGUUUAAAACUAUCCAACUUUGAUCAACAACUAGGAGUUUCGAUCAUCCGAGCAGCCAUCCAAAAACCCACCCGAACGAUUGUUGAAAACGCAGGAGAAGAAUCAUCUGUAGUCGUAGGAAAAGUUUUGGAACAUUAUGGUGAAUCAAGUAAAUUUCAUUGGGGUUAUGAUGCCGCUUUAGGAGAAUAUAAAGAUUUGGUGGCUAGUGGGAUCAUUGAUCCUUUGAAAGUGGUGAAGACUGCUUUGAAUGAUGCAGCGGGAGUGGCUAGUUUGUUGACCACUAGUGAAGCUUGUGUGGUAGAUGCUCCUGAAGAGAAAUCGGCUGCUGGACCGGGUGGAAUGGGUGGUGGUAUGGGUGGUAUGGGUGGAGGAAUGGGAUUUUAGAGAAAGAAAGAAAAAUAAAAUGAAGUCGUUUAAAGGUUUUGUUUAGGUUUUUUUGUUUUGUUGAAUUUUGAUUUUUGGAUUGGGAUUGUUACUUUUUUUUGAUGAUAAUAUUCAAUUCAAUCAAAACAAAAACAAUGACAAUAACACCAAACUGAUUAAAGUUAAAUAAUAUCCCCUGAAUUGAAACGCAAAGUAUGAUGAGAUAUAAGUUGUGUGUUUGGUUUUCUUUCAAAAAAAAAUUAAGAAUUUAUAAUAGAUGUGAAUUUUCUUUUAUUCUUUUUGGUAUGUAUAUAUGUUUUUUUUGUUUGAUAGUUUUGAGGUAAAAGUUUGAAUUUGCAACAAUAUGAAACACACAC